CUUAAACUUCCUCCUGCAAGUCCAGUGCGCUGCGCUCCGCCGCCCUGUCAACGUGUCCGGAAUGACCCACACGAGUUAGGAAGGGAUGGAACUCACUUAAAAGAAAUGAGGAAUAUUCGACACCCGCUCAUCCAAAUUUAGAAGAUCAUUUAUAACCAAAGAGAUACUAGUCGAAGCGACUGACUAAAGCGCGAAGGCACCAUGGGUUGUGUGGGCUCAAAAAAGGAGCAGGAGCCUCACAGCAAAGGAACGGGUAAUGAUGAUCUGCAGAACCGAGCACAGACUGCCCACUAUGUCAAAGACCCAACCACAGGAAACUCUGGGAAUAAAGCUGCCAAAAUGCCUUCCAAUGCAAACAUUGCAGAUGGGGAGAGUAUUGCCAUGGCACUGUACGACUAUGAGGCCAUUCAUGAGGGAGACCUUGGCUUCAAGAAGGGAGAUAAGCUGAAAAUCUUAGAGGAAUCAGGCGAGUGGUGGAGAGCUAUGUUAAUCAGUACAAGUCAGGAAGGCUACAUCCCCAGUAACUAUGUAGCCAAAGAUACUCUGGAGGCAGAGGAGUGGUUCUUUAAGGGCGUAAGCAGGAAAGAUGCUGAGAGGCAGUUGCUGGCCCCUGGGAACAAAAUUGGAUCCUUCAUGAUCCGAGACAGUGAGACUACCAAAGGCAGCUACUCUCUGUCUGUCAGGGACAGUGAUCCUCAGUCCGGUGACACAGUGAAGCAUUAUAAGAUUCGUACACUGGAUAAUGGAGGAUUUUAUAUCUCUCCCCGCAUCACUUUCAGCACCCUGCAGGAACUGGUCAGCCAUUACAAGAAGCAAGGAGAUGGUCUCUGCCAGUCCCUGACUAACCCAUGCCUGAGUCCAAAACCUGAAAAGCCGUGGGAGAAGGAUGCAUGGGAAAUCCCAAGAUCUUCACUCAAACUGGAUAAGAGGCUCGGUGCUGGCCAGUUUGGAGAAGUGUGGAUGGCCACAUACAACAAACACACAAAGGUAGCAGUGAAGACCAUGAAGCCUGGCAGCAUGUCAGUGGAAGCAUUCAUGAUGGAGGCCAACCUCAUGAAGACUCUACAACAUGACAAACUGGUUCGACUUCAUGCUGUCGUCAGCAAAGAGGAGCCAAUCUAUAUUAUCACUGAGUUCAUGGAGAAAGGUAGUUUAUUGGACUUCUUAAAGAGUGAUGAGGGCAACCGAGUCCAGCUUCCAAAGCUCAUUGACUUCUCUGCUCAGAUUGCCGAGGGGAUGGCCUACAUUGAGCAGAGGAACUACAUCCACAGAGACUUGAGAGCUGCCAACAUCCUGGUCAAUAAGGCUUUGGUGUGCAAGAUUGCCGACUUUGGCCUGGCUCGUAUCAUUGAAGACAACGAGUACACAGCCAGGGAAGGUGCUAAGUUCCCCAUUAAAUGGACAGCCCCUGAGGCCAUAAACUACGGUUCUUUCACAAUCAAAUCUGAUGUCUGGUCCUUUGGCAUCUUGCUGACUGAGAUUAUCAGCUAUGGGCGUACACCAUACCCUGGUAUGACCAAUCCAGAAGUGAUCCGCCACUUGGAGAAGGGCUAUCGAAUGCAACGUAUGGAUAGCUGUCCCAAGGAACUAUAUGACAUCAUGAUGGAGUGCUGGAAGAACAAGCCUGAGGACCGCCCCACCUUUGAUUACCUGCAGAGCGUCCUGGAGGAUUUCUACACAGCCACAGAGAGCCAGUAUCAGCAGCAGCCAUGAGGCUAAUGUUUCAGAGCACAUCCAUUCACACCUACUGUAACUUCUACAGGAAGCAAUGCAGCUCAGGUCACACACACAUAUAUACAAUCUCUACAGUUCUGUCUAUCUGCGUCUCAAUCUUUUUCUAAUUUAUAAACAUAUAAUUCUUAGUAAUAAGGGACUGUACAGCAAUUAUAGAUGCAUGAAAGUUUUCUUUAAGGAAGCAGUCACAAUGUAAGAUUCUUAAUUUUGUUAAUAGUCCCACAGGUUUGUUAUAUCUGCAGCCCCCGAUAUAAUAAGUGAUGCACAAACACAUCCAUCAUUUGUACCUGUAAUCAUUUUUUUGUAGUCAUUUUAUUACAGACUGGACAUAUCAUGGAUUACUGUAAGGAAGUUGAAUGUUACGCACAGGACACAUUGUCUGACAUUUUGGGAGGGGUGAGUUGUAUUACUUCACUUUGCAGGCGAGGCAUGGGUUAGAAGGACCAGAAAGAGUCUCCUGAAAAGCGUAUUUCCAGAAACUCUGGAGGAAUUGCACAAACCAGACAAACCUCCCCCCUCAAAGUCCAGGAACUCUAGAUUCCAGGAACUUUAGAGGUGGAGCUUUCUGUUUUUCAACCUUUCUGUUUUCUAAAAUAACACCAACUUGUCAGGACUGGAGAAGUUUGUGGCAUAGCUCUUCAAAAUGUUUCCAUGUGCAAGCAGACUAGUUUGCCUAACCAAAAGGAGAUCUAGAGUGCACCAAUGCAUGACGUAACCUUUUAGUUCCUUGAAAAAAAGAUUCCUGGGUAAUAUGUAUAUGCACUGCACGUGAAGAGCGCCUGCAGAGUUCAGAAGAGCAAGGACAAAAGAGUGAAUUUGCAAGAGGCAGAAAACUAUUUUAUUAAACAAAAACAAACUAUAAAUAGCCCUGCGUGUUUUUGUUCUUAUCAGCACUGUAAGUUGUGUACAGUCCCUAACAUCGAAUGCCUUUGAAGGGUUUUUUUAAGCUCACAUUAAACCAGACUCUCUCACUCACAAAAUAUUAUGGUAGCACAAACAUGGCCCCAUUCACAAACACUUGGAGAUUGCUGUUAUGCUCUAGCGCACAUUGUCCAGCCAUCAACCACAACACAGAUGUUCACAGGAAAAUGUGUUCAGCUCUAAUAAAACUAUAAUAAAACAAGCAAUCCCACCACUGCCCCCUCCUCCCAUAAAACUGUGGUGUUUCACAGGAAAGCGGGUAUUGUCUUGCUGAUUCUGCUUAAAAGCACUAUUUAUACUUUUCAUUAUGCUGUGGAUUUAGCAUUACUUCUUUAUAGUGCCUUUUGCAGUGGAUCUUUCUUGCAGACUUAAUGUGUACGAUAUAUUCUGUAUAGACAUUGAUAUAUAUGAAGAGAUGCAAACAUUCAGGCUCUUUAGCUAAUGAUGCUUGUUGAUUCCUGCAUGUUUCUCUUUUAUUACUUAAAUUAUUGAGAAAGCAGUGCAUAGGUACAUUUCACAUUGGACUUUUUUGCUAAUUUUAUGAUCUGAACGCCAUUGUAUCUUCAAUGGAAGUGUCUUCCUAACAGCAAAUGCCUUUUAUUUUCGUUUUUGUGAAGGAACGAUGACUGCUCUAUUUUAUUUACAUUAUGUGUCUCAUCUUGAAAAUAGUAGAUUUCUUGCACAAUACAACAAGCAUUUCUUUUGUAGUUGAUCAGCAAUAGUAAAUCAUAUACUAAAAGCAAUGCUAAGUUUACUACUUGAGUGGUUCUAAUGCAUUUCAGGGGCCCCAGAUGUCAGAAGAGCUUUUUUGGGGGGGGGAGUAAGAUUUAACGAUUUCAUGCUGUGACAAAUUUAAUGCCAUUCAUAGAGUGGGGACUGUGAGCAAAACAUAUGAGAGCUUUUUUUUCUUAUAUAAACAGGUAUGAUUCAUUUACAAUGAUGACUAAAUCAUUGCUAGCACUGUAUAUAGUUAUAUUCACAAAGUUGAGUAUACUUUAGUGUUUUUCUUAAUUCUUCAAUAUAAAGCCCUUGUGAUAUUUGUGAGAUGCUUGAUUCUGUCAAUGCAACUGUCAUGAAAUGGAAUAAACUACUUUAAAAACUA